AUGGUUCCUAUAUCGGCAGAUGAGCGCAACUCGCGCACCAUUUCUACAGCCGCCUGCUUGAUCAUCGGUGACGAAGUUCUGGGUGGAAAGAACCUCAAGCGCAUCGAGGUGAUAGAGGACGAUGAAGGCGAAAUUGUUGAGGCUGUUCAGAGAAUGAGUGACCGUUAUGACUUUGUUGUUACUAGGCACGACGACAUUACUUACCAAUCGAUCGCCAAGGCCUUCAACCUGCCUCUCAAACUACACCAAGAAACCUUUGACAAGAUGAAGCUGAUGUCAAAGGUUCAUCCCAACCAACCGAAGUUCGAUUGGGAUGUCGACUCGCCAGCAAGAAGGGCAAAACUUCGCAUGGCUGAGCUGCCAAUUGAUGAAUCUCGGGACCUUAAGAAGCAAGCUCUUUUCCCCCAUGAUGAUCUUUGGGUUCCCGUAUCAGUCGUGAACGGAAACAUCCAUAUCCUGCCGGGUAUCCCUAGACUCUUCCAGAGACUUCUCGAUGGGCUGAAGCCUCACAUCCUGCCACGUCUCAGUGACCCCGAAGGGAAGGGUACGCAUAGAGUACUGUUCUCUACGCCUCUUCCCGAGAGUGGUGUUGCUGACUACCUCACAACCUUGGCUGCUAAAGUUGGGCCCAAAGGUGUCAAGGUCGGAAGUUAUCCUCGCUGGGGCAGGAAAAACAACACGGUCACCCUUGUUGGACGGGAUUUGGACUAUCUUGAGAGUCUCGUUGAUGAAGUCCAAGCUGGCAUCCAGGGUCUGCGAGUUGAUGCUGAGAGUGACGGAGAAGAAGACCCGAAGGAGAUUAAGAAGCAGGCGACCGAAGACGCGGACAAGGACACCGCGGAGAAGGUUGUUGAGAAACCUUGA